AAUUACAGAUAGAUGUACAAUAUAAAGUAGAGGUGUAAAGUAUAGAUUUUUUAACAUUGUUGAAAAAUUAGUCUAGCGUACCAUGUCAAAGAAACGUGGUAAAAGUUCAUCUGCCCCUGGUCAUGGUGGUCGAUGGGAAACAGAUCUUAUUGCUCAUGGCCUUGAAGAUGAAAAUUGGAAAAUCAGUAUCACUUUCGUGGUGGAGAAUAAGAUUGAAGAUUCCCUCCAUAUCAAACAUCUGGCUAAUGUAGUGAAAGUUCCUCAGAGAAGACUUUUCAGCUUCAUUCAUAAAGAUGAGUUGAUGGCAUUGAUUGAUGAAAUUGGAAAUCCAAAGACAAGAAAAACGAAGGAAUUGCCUCAUUAUUUUGAAAUAACCGAAGUUAUUAAAAGUUUGUUAGAUGGAGGAGAAGAAAUCCCAAUACAUUUAUGGGCAAAACUAAUCAAAUUUUCAUUGCUUAAUGUGAAAUCCGCUGAUUUGAAAAGAAGAGAUGCAGAAUCGAAAACAAAAGAUGAGAAAGAAAAAGGUGGAAAGGGAUCAGGUAAAAAAAGGCCACGAAGCAAAUCUCCUGGUAAAGGAGGAAAAGGGAAGAAAACACCUGAACCUCAGAUGCCAAAGAAAGAUUGGAGCACAUUGAAGAAAAGAGGGGAGGAAGAUACAGAUAAUAAAUAUAUUGAUGAUGAACCUGAUGAUGGACCGCACCAUUAUGUGUUUGUGAGUGGAUUCAGGCAAGCACAAUUAUUCCCUUUAUUGGUGGAACUCGGUGUCAAUGUUUCAUCUAUAAUCAAGUUAUAUUCUGAAUCAUACCUCACAAUUGACUCAGUACUUUCACAAACCAAUGGUACAUCUGCAGGCGAUGCUUCAAAGGAUGAAGAAGCUCUUGCUGCUGAAAAAGCAAAAAAAGAAAUGAACGAAAAAGAGCUUGCGGUGUUUUGGAAACUUUUACCAACAGUACUUCAAAGAGCAGCUCCUAACUCUACCUUGCAAGAUCUUGCUAGAUUGGAAUAUUCUGUUGCUGACAUGAUUCAUCCCACUGACUGGAAUGAUGCUGACAACCUGGUUGGAUAUGGCACGGCACUUUUUGAAGACAUGGCAUGUCUGGUUUAUAAUUCACUUGACUGGAGGAGGCAGUAUCUUAAUUAUUUGAAAAAUAUGAAUAUCAUUCAUAUUCCAAUGCAUGGUGAAGCGAAAGCAAUUGAUCAGCAGAUGAGUGGAUCGUCUGAACCUCAUUCAACCACUUCUGCAUCUGGUAAGCGAGACAAAGGCAAAGCUCCCGCUGCUGAAGCACCUUCAGACGAUCUUAUUCCACCAAUUGUUACUGAGCAAGUUGCAAAAGAAGUUGAUAUGAGAUAUUAUAAUGAUCUCAUGGAUCUUGUUCCACAAGAAUCCGUAUCUGUUCCACUUGUGAUGCAUUGCAUGUUAGAACAGAUUGAAGCUUCAGAGCAAGACUUGACACCACCAAGUGAAAUUCCGAGAGAACAAAGGAAUGAUGGAAUUCAUCUUUCACUUGCUGAUUGUAUCUCUGAUGCUCUAGAAAAUUUAGCUCUUACUGAAGAAGAAAGAAAGGAUUUAUCACAAGAUUUUCCAACUCUCGAAAAAAAUUUUCAACAAGAUGUUGAAGAAAAAAAUAAGAAGUUACAAUCACCUAGUUUGAUGCAAUAUGGUGAUGAUAUGACAGUCAGAACUCAUCAUCUUGAUAAAUUUAAUAAUUUUGAUCCAAGAAAAGCAGAAGAAUCACUUCUACAGAGGUUACCAUGUACAAGGUUAUGGAAUUAUCAGCAGAAAAAUCCACAAUUAUCCAAAGAAAGAUCUGCUAGAUUGCAAGAGCUUCUGAGAAAUUGUGCUACGUUGUCGGAAGAAUCUGAGGGUGUCAUUGCAUUUUCUGAUAUUGACCGAGCUUUCAGACAAUUUGUAUUUGAAACUAUUAAUUUAUCAACUGUUGAUGAAGAUGGAAACAUUGUGAAAGUAACACCAGAAGUAAACCAAGAGAGUCCCUGGGAUGAUCCAUACACACUUGCUGUGAAAAGUUCACCGAGCAAUGCGGAGGAAGAAAAGGAAAAAGAAGAAAUUGCAGGAAACAAAGAAACUGAAAAGAAAGAUGAUGCUCUUGGUAAAUCAAUUAACAUUGAAAAAUAUCCAGCUUUAAUUCCAAAAAGAAUCUUGGACAGUUGGUGUUAUGCUGAACAUUUCCAUCCUGAAGUUUUUCUGCAGGUCUUGACGGAGGCAACUGAAAAUUACCCAUCGCUUGAUACAUAUUAUCACAAGAGAGAUCACUCCUUAUUGGCUGUUUUUCAUUGUCCUAUGAAUAAAAAAUUACAAGCUACAGAGGAAUGGUCAACCAGUUUACAUUCUGAUGUUGGUUUCAGAAAUUAUCUUGAGUAUGUAUCGGAGCCAAUAGCAGAUUGGACAAGAUCAGAAGAAGAAAAAUAUCAAGCAGAAUUAUUAAAAAAGGAACUUGAAAAAAUUCAAGCCAGUCAGGUUUCAACUGAAGCUUCCACCACACCUCCCCCUUCUACUGGAGCAGGAAAACGUCCAAGAUCAAAAAGCCCCAAGAAAGGAAGUCGUCGUGGGAGUGCUUCUCGGUCUUCAAGUAAAGUUGGAGGUACAGAUGACAGUCAGACUUAUAGUAGUCCUUAUAUUCGAACUGGAUCACUCAAAGCUCAGUCGGAAGAACAAGCAAAAAUCAGAGAGGAAGAAGAGAAAAGAAAAGCUGAAAAAGAUUCCAAGCAACAAGCCCGUGUUAAAUCUGGUGAUAAAAGUAAACAAUCAAAAUCAGCUGUCAGCAAGACUUCUCAAGAUGGUAAACGUCCAGGUUCGGGGAAAGCUUCUAGAGCUGGACGUCGUUCAUCCAAGUCGAAAUCUGGUUCAAGAUCAAGGUCUCGUUCACGAUCUGGUAGUCAAGAAAGAGUUGUGGAAAUACAACAACCUGAGCUAGUGGAACCUGCACUUCCUUUUACUGGAUAUGAUGUUGGCAAUAACCUCAUCAAUAUGUUUGGUAAAACAAGUUAUUUGUAUCCAUGUGAUGGCGGAAUUAUUAAAUCUGAAAAAAUUGUCUGUGAACAAGGAAGCACAACAGUGUCAACAACUGUAAGAAAAGAUGGACACAUGUUUCUGGUUCAUAUGAUUGAUCCUAAAGAUCCUGAAGAACACAAAGAAUUUGACGAAUUAACAAUGAAAACAGAGGAAAAGGCGGAUGAAAUAACUGAAAAAGCUGAAUUAGAAUCAACAGAAAAAGAUCAAAAUGAAGAUCCAAUGAGUCGGAGAUCUUCCAAAAGUCUCCAAAGUGUUGAUGACAAACCUUGUCAUAGUACAUUUGGAUCAUGGAAUGGAGUUCUAAGUGAUGGAAUGACGCUAUCAUUCAGUUCUCAUGGAGAAGAAGGAGAGUGCUCAGCUGCUGCGAAAGCUGAAAAAAAACUAAUGAAGAUACUUGGUGAAGUUCCACCAGCCAGUAGUCCAUCACCUGUUCCCCCUGGUAUGGAAACACCUGGUAAAAAAGGAAAGGGAAAAGGCAAGUCGCCCCGAGGAAGAUCUCCAAGAGGCAAGAGUCCAAAAGGAAAAAGAAGAUCUGAUUCUGAAAGAGAAGCAGAAGCACAAAGAUUAGAAGAAGAAAGAUUACAGGAGGAGCUAGAAAGAAAAUUACGUGAAGCAAAAGAAGCAGAAGAACAAGAAAGAUCAAGAAUCAAACUUCCGCCUUUUCAACAACUUUAUGUAUCAACUCCUGAUGGAUUAUCAGUUCGAUACCAACUCGAUCCAACUAUGGCUAGUACAAACUUUUUGACUGGUGAAAACCAAUACAAACUUAUGGUUCGACAAUGCUAUCCAUACAAAACUCUUGGCAAACAAAAGACUGAGAGUUUACGAGCUCAUCCAGCAAUGGAAGAAGUAUCUCGAUGUAUAAAAUCAGAUGGAACUGUGAUUAAAGUUAUGAAAGAUGGAUCGACUAUGGUAUUAUUUGCCGAUGGUACAACCUGCUUCAAUCAAGGAACUGGGCCAUUGGUACAGGAACGUAAAAUACCUGUCACACCACACAGCAUGCCUUCCGCUGUUGCUCAACAGUUACAAACACAAGCAUCGACUGAUGAACAGAGAAAUUCAACUUCACCAGGAAGCAAGAAAGGAUCCAAAGGUCGAAAAUCCAGUGGCAAAACCAAUCCCAACACAACUGCCACUGAUCCAUCUGUGGCAGGGACAGAUACUGGUGGUGGAGCAGGAGGAACCUUGACUGCAGCUGCGGGUUUAGAAGCAGAUGCAGGUGCAACAGCAGAAGCUGAUUUAGAAAGAGCAGCAUCAUGGCACACUGUGUGUAUGAAUGGAGAAAGAUAUGUUACCAAACCAAAUGGAGAGAAAGUCAAUAAAGAACCAUUGUUUUGUUAUUCAGCUACUGAUCCAGUCACAGGGGAAGUACUGUUGUCAAGAGAAGAUCAUGUGAUUCGUGUCGAACGUCCAGAUGGAAGUGUUGUUUGUGAUCAUUCUGAUGGUACCAGGAUAACACAAUACAACAGAGAAAUUGAGAAAGCAUUGUAUGAAGCUGAAGGAGAAGACGAGACCUCAGUGAAUGCUUCGAACACAGUUCGACAUGUAAGAGUGGAAUGUCCAGGAUAUGCAACAAUCUCAUUCAACUGUGAUGAAGGAUCGUCUCUUACUGUAUUCGGAAGUGGAACAAAUUUAUUAACAUCUCCUGAUUCAACAUAUCAAAUGAGUCACUGGAAUGGCGGACGUAUUGAUAUAGAUUGUGAUGGUGCAGUAACAUACACUCCUCGUCCUGAUAAUGAUUUAUACGCUGGUAUUACGAAUGAAACAGAAACAGAAGAAGGCACAAAUGCAGAUAAUGUAUUUCAAGCACAGAUGACACCACUUGGUUCCUAUAUUAUGAGACACAAUGCAGAUGUUUGUUGUGAAGCUCUCGAUCAUGAAGGAAAUGUUUUUCAAGUUAAAAAAUUUGGGGAUAUCAGUGUAACAAAUGCAGCAAGUGAUGGAGCAUCUGGUGCUGGUGAAUCAGCAUCAAUAUUACCACAAGUAUCAACAACAUCUGAUCCACUUGAUCAUCAUCCACCAAGAUUUUUUAUUAUUCAUGAGAAUGGCACAGGAACUGAAUUGCUCAGAUAUAAAGAUGUACAAGAAUAUUUGGCAGAUGCUCAACUUGAUCCUACGACAGCUGUUAUAAAAGAACCAUUACCUGACACUCCCGGUGUUGUAGGAAUCACAGUAAUGCGUCCACAUUUUGGUAACAGUAGUGAAGCUUGGCUAACUCAAAAAUUGGAAGAAAACAUAUUACCAGAAAACAUUAGAAGUAGAGAUCUUGCACUGUUUCCACAAAGGGAGGAAAAGACAACUGGUCCACCAUUUGGAACAACUGCAGGAAAAGGUCUGGCAGUUGGAAGUGCUCCUGUUAUACCUGAACCUCCUCCUGUACCACCAUGUCCUGCUGUUCUUGAACUCCGACAGUUGGUUCAGUUCAAUCCUGUUUCUAGUGAUCUUCGAAGUCAUUUGAGAAACAAUUUGAUUGAGAUUGGGAAUAUGAUAAAAAAUAGAGAAAAACAAAGACAACAAGCAGAAGUGAAUGAUCCAAGAUCUUGGGAUGAAAAAGUUCGAGCAAAUGAUUUGUUAUCGCUUGUUCUAGAAUUUGAUGAAGGACAGGUUUCUCCUAAAUCUCCAACUGCACCACAACCAUCUGGUCAACCUGCCGAAGGUGUAAAGACUGCAACAAAGGCUUCAGCAGUUCAUAAUCAACAAUCACCAAAUGUUAUAAGAGCAAUUUAUGAAGAAGCUGUCACCCCACCACCUAUGCAGAAACCUGAUCCACCAAGAAAUAAACUGACGCAAGAUGAUUGGGACAGAAUAAGACGUUCUAUCGAUGAAGAGAAGCUAGGUCGUGGAGCAUUGAAACACAGGGAUGUUCCUCCGUAUUUUGAAAGUGAAGAAGGCAGGGCAUGGUUGAUGACACAAGCACCUGAUCUUGAAGCACUUUCACGUCAACUUGCUCCAGAUCCUCGGAAAGAUGGCACGGAAGCAAAAAUGGCUAGGAAAGAAAAAGUUGGUGAUAAAAAAUCGGUGUCGCAAACAACACCGGCGAGAGGAAGUGGAGAACCAUUGACCACUCCAUCGCAAUCCAGAGCUUCAGAAAAUGGCGCCACCACCAACAUUCCGGUAUCUGACACUCCUUCGAAAAUGCGACCAACUAACCCAACACCUGGUCAUGCGAGUGGUUCUGGAACACCUACAAAAGUACGACCAGAAAAUCCAACGCCAUUUGCAGCAUCCCAAGCAAGGCAGGCAGCUAGACCAAGUAAUCCGACCCCAAGCCAUGCAUACAGUGGAGGAUCGAAUGCAAAAAGACAAAGCCUACCAGACGUGAAUUAUGGACAAUUCCAACCUUCACCUAUCCCUGAAAACCCAACUUCUGCUCAAAGAAGAGAAGGAGCAUCAUUUAUUGAAGACAGUUCCUCAUCGAGUGGAAUGAUGAUGCAAAUGGAAACAACUGGAGGAUCAGAUCUUGUUUUGACAAGAAGUCUACUGUACGAUGUUAAUGGUGAACCAAGAAAAGAGAAAGUCAAAUUACCAGCUUCAAUACUUAGUGAUAAACCAGCAGCUUUUCCAAAUAAACAGUUCACAUCAGUUGAAGAUCCUGUCAGAAGAAAAGUAAAAACAUCAUCAGUUGCUGAAUCUGUUAUGCGAGGAAAUGCGAAGAGAGGAUUUGAAUUGUUACCACCGGAGAUUAUUUUUGGGGUUUUGAAAGAAGGGAAUACAUACAGUUAUACAGCAAGAUUGAAAAACACUGGUAUUGAUACUUGUAGAUUCAAAAUCAAACAACCUCCACCUGGCACUGGAUUAAGAGUUCAUUAUACUCCGGGCCCAGUUGCAGCAGGCAUGGAUACUCUUCUUCACAUUGAAUGCUAUGCAAUUGCCGUAGGUGUAGAAGGAGAUUCUGGUGUCGGUACCAUCAACCAUCAGAUGGAAAUUAUAACUGAAACUGAGACAUUAUGUUUACCGAUCUCAGCAAUAGUUUUAACCAGUCAUGACUAUGAGAACAGAAGUGAAUCGAUGCCACCUGAUGGAAAAGCACCGGGUGUAAAGUUGUUGUCUGCUAAACCACCAUCAAGGGAAGGAAUUGUCAGACCAAUGAAAGUCGCUUCAUAAAUUUUUCACAAGUUGUUGGAGAAUGCAACAAAAUUCUUGUUGAGAAAACUUGUAUUAUAAUAAACUUAUAAUUUGUUAAAAGUAAAUAUAUAUUUUGAUACUGCAUGUUA